CGGCCGCUGGGACCGUGGGACUCCGGCCGGCCCCCCACGGCCGUGUAAACACAGGAAUCACACCCCGGGGAGCCGCGGGCGGGAGCGUGCACGUGCCCAGGCCCCGCGGCGACGGCCGGCGCCGUGACGUCAUCGGCAGGCGCCGCGCGCCAGGCUGCAGCCGGAAGUGCCGCGGCCCCGACCCACGUGCGCACCCUCCCUCAGCCCGGCGAGCGGGGCGUCGGUCCCUGGCCCCGCCGCAGAGCCGCACCAUGAGCUUCGUGGGGUAUGAGGAGCUGAUCAAAGAGGGGGACACCGCCAUCCUGUCCCUGGGCCACGGGGCGAUGGUGGCGGUGAGCGUGCAGCGCGGGGCCCAGACCCAGACCCGGCACGGCGUCCUGCGGCACUCGGUGGACCUCAUCGGCCGCCCCUUCGGCUCCAAGGUGACCUGCGGCCGAGGGGGCUGGGUGUACGUGCUGCACCCCACGCCUGAGCUCUGGACCCUGAACCUGCCCCACCGCACCCAGAUCCUCUACUCCACCGACAUCGCCCUGCUCACCAUGAUGCUGGAGCUUCGGCCGGGCUCCGUGGUCUGCGAGUCUGGCACGGGCAGCGGCUCUGUGUCCCACGCCAUCAUCCGCACCGUGGCACCCACGGGCCACCUGCACACGGUGGAGUUCCACCAGCAGCGGGCGGAGAAGGCGCGGGAGGAGUUCCGGGAGCACCGCCUGAGCCGCUGGGUGACCGUGCGCAACCAGGACGUGUGCCGCAGCGGCUUCGGCGUGAGCCACGUGGCCGACGCCGUCUUCCUGGACAUCCCGUCGCCGUGGGAGGCCGUGGGCCACGCCUGGGACGCCCUCAAGGUGGAAGGUGGGCGCUUCUGCUCCUUCUCGCCGUGCAUCGAGCAGGUGCAGCGCACGUGCCAGGCGCUGGCGGCGCGCGGCUUCUCGGAGCUGAGCACCGUGGAGGUGCUGCCGCAGGUGUACAACGUGCGCACCGUCAGCCUGCCCCCGCCCGACCUGGGCGCCGGCCCCGCGCCCGACGCCGGCCCCUUCCGCAGCGGCGCGCCCAUGAAGGAGGCGGUGGGCCACACCGGCUACCUGACCUUCGCCACCAAGACCCCCGACUAGCGGGCUGCCCGGAGGCCGCCUGACCUUCGCCACCAGGACCCCGGACUAGCGGGCUGCCCGGAGGCCGCCUGACCUUCGCCACCAGGACCCCGGACUAGCGGGCUGCCCGGAGGCCGCCUGACCUUCGCCACCAGGACCCCGGACUAGCGGGCUGCCCGGAGGCCGCCUGACCUUCGCCACCAGGACCCCGGACUAGCGGGCUGCCCGGAGGCCGCCUGACCUUCGCCACCAGGACCCCGGACUAGCGGGCUGCCCGGAGGCCGCCUGACCUUCGCCACCAGGACCCCGGACUAGCGGGCUGCCUGGAGGCCCAGAGCCGUGGCUGGGCCAGCAGUGAGGCUCGCUGCCGCCUUAUAUGGCCGGGCGCCUGCUGGGCCUGUUCAGACAGAUGGUGGGGUGGGGCCUCCUGCUGCCUGGGGGCCUGGGGGAGGGGCCGCCCUGCCCAGUGUCCCUGUAGAGCCUCACUGCCACAGGGACACUGGGCUCCUUGGGUCCGAGCCCAGGGAUGCGGGUGGUGGCCCCAGGCGGGGAAGAAGGUGGGGGAGCAAAGGCUGAAGGAGGGGCCAGGGGACUCCCGAGGCCGGGCUGCCCAUGAGGCCUGUGGGAACCUCAGCCCUCCCCUGGCCCCUGCCCCCUCCCCAGCGCUGGUGGGCCAGGCUGGCCCAGCCACAGGGUGCUGCA